ACUGCUUGACGCUAGCAAGAAGCAGAGCACGCUCUAGCUCCGUUUGCCACAAUCACAAUUUCAUUCUUUAGUUUUUUGGGUUUUUCGUUAAUCAAAUUAGCAACUGCAAAUGCUGAAUACCCACAGAUGCUCAAAUUAAAUGUCAAUUAUAUGUGUGUGAGUACAGCAACGUCAAUUUAAGAUAUUCAGUUAUUCACCGAAUACGGCACUCACAACAAACUGAUGUCAGGCCAACAAAGUACACGCAAAUAAUAUAUAUAUAUUUAUAUAUAUAUACAAUAAAAGAAAAAUACCAGCUCACACACACAUACACACACAUGCACACAUGCAUACAUACGUGGAUGAAGGCAAAGAAACAAACUGAAACCGAAUUUCAACCCGUAACCAAUUCUUCCAAGCCAGCAGCUGUGCACACAAAUAAGCACACUUGACGGCUCACCGUCACCCACAUACACAAACAAGCAAAACAACUGUUAACCGACACAAAUACACACACACACAGCCAUCCACCGAUUGUGCACAAAAAAUGGAUUCAACAGCAUCAACCUCAAGCGACUCGCCAGUGGCCACACCGGAUCCCAAAAGUAAAUCCUACACAGGCGACACCACAUUCUACGACAGUGCCCUCGACCAUCAGCUGUCCACGUCGAACUACAGAUCCUGCAAUGAAAGCUUGAACGGGGACUUCAAUCAAAGCUCAGGACAAACAAAUUAUGCACACAAAAUGUUAAACGCCGAUGAAUUUGCCACUCUCAAUGGCAUUAACAAUAGGAAUGGGAACGGAAAUGAAAGUGGCGUUGAGGCAUCUGCUUUUAAUAUCUAUCCUUCCAAUAACCCGGCGGCGAUUAAUGCCAGCAUGCUGCUGAUACAAUCAGAAAGCACCGAUACGAAUACUUCGCAGGAGGAAGUCGAUCCAAAGUCUCAACUGGCCAACAAGACAAUAUUCAAGAGCGAUAAUCCCAACUUGUCAAUUAUAGAGAUAAAUGAUAAUUCCAUCAAGGAAGAGGAUCUUGAGAAGGAGGUGGUCCUAAUUGAGCGCCUUUCAACCGAAGAUCCCGACGAGACAGUCGAAAAGGUGAAGAACAUACUCAAAAAGUCACCCAACAAAGUGGAGGAUAAUGCCACAGAAAAGCGACGCCGCAAAGCCGAAUCCCUGCUGCAUUCCAGCAAGCAAAAGUUAGACAUAUCAAUAGCUGAGGCAUCGGCAGCAGCGGAUGGGCCAAGCGAGAAGCGUCUGCAGCUUGCCGAGCCAGCAGCCACAGGCAGCGAUCAGCCUCAGACCAAGCGCGAAAUUGUUAUCUACGAUUCUCUGGAUGAAUUCGAUCAAAAUUUACCCUCAACUGUUACACUGCUGAAUACGCCGUUUGGCAGCAAGGUCUACCUCGUCGGCACGGCACACUUCAGCGAGGAGUCACAGGAUGACGUCUCUUAUGUCAUUCGCAACGUCCGUCCAGAUGUGGUCAUGGUUGAGCUAUGUCCAUCGCGUGUACACAUACUGAAGCUCGAUGAGAAGACACUGUUGGAGGAGGCCAAGAAUAUCAAUAUACCCAAGAUACGUGGCAUACUCCAGACGCACGGCUAUAUCAAUGGCAUCUUCUUUAUUCUGCUGCUGCAGAUGAGCGCACAAAUUGCCAAAGAUCUGGGCAUGGCGCCCGGCGGUGAAUUUCGGCGUGCUUUUGAGGAGAUACACAAGCUGCCUGGUUGCAUUCUACACCUGGGCGAUCGUCCCAUUCGUAUCACACUUUAUCGUGCUCUGCGAGCAUUAUCCUUGUGGCAGACGAUGAAGCUGGUGUGGCGCCUAACAUUCACGGACAGCAUCAGCUGCGAGGAGGUGGAGAAGUGCAAGCAGCGUGAUCUGCUCGAGAAACUGAUGCAGGAAAUGGCUGGCGAAUUUCCGGCCUUCUCCGACGUUUUUGUCCGCGAACGCGAUCUCUACUUGUGUCACUCACUACAGCUGGCCGCCCUGCCGCAAGCGGCGCCCGGUGCCCAUCAUGUGCGUCCCGUGCGCGUUGUUGGCGUUGUGGGUAUUGGUCAUGCCAAUGGCAUAGCCAAGAUGUGGGGACAUGUGGAUCCGGAGAAGAUACCGGCCAUACUGGAGAUACCACCCGCCAGUCUCGGCCAGCGGAUCUGCAAGAAAACCUUCAAGUACGGUCUUAUCGGUCUUGGCUGCUAUGGCGCCUUCCGCUUCAUGAGGCCGCGCCUGACGCGUUUCUUUUAAGUUGAUUGUGGACCAUGUUUUUUUUUCUACUUUUGUUGACAUUCUUUUCGUUAAUAGGUGACACGCCCAUGUAAUUGAAUGGGCGGUGACAUAUGAUAAGUAUUGCGAGUACUUGAUGCUUUUGAUAGAACGUGUUUAUACGCUACACAUAAAUAUAUCUAUGUGUGCAAAAAACAAAAACCAAAAAAAAAAAAAAAAAAAAAAAAGCAAAAACAAAAAAAAGACAUUCAAACAUAUUCCUGGUUUUAAAAACCCAACAAAACAAAGAAAAAAUCAAUGAUACUAUUAAAAAGUAUAGUCGCGCACUUUGUACAUUCUAUGUACUUGGCUUGGGAUGCUGUGAAUGUGAUUACAAAUUAUAUCAAUUCAUAUUCAAUUGUUUUGCAGACGGAAUUCAUUAAGAUUGUUGCGGUCACUACGAAUUAGUUGUGUGUUUUUGACCAGCUAGUUAGUUAGGCACCAUAUAUUAUUGCAUGUACAUGGUUUCGUGGCAGAUUUCAUGUCAAACUCAAACUCAACUAAAACAAAUACUUCAAAAUUAGUUAAAUAAUUAUCAAUAGCAAUGCUCUUAAUGUGAAUGUGCCCGUUGUAUCCGUGCCCGCCUGCCUAAAGCAGUCACAAUACUUUAUCUUCGACUUACUCCAUAUAAUGUAAAUGUAAAUGAAAAUGUUGUUCAUUCCGCAUUCAAACUCUGAUUCUGAAUUUAGCUAGUACCGAUUAAAAUUAAGUGGAAACGUGAUGGACCUUCGAUAUUGAAAGAAUGGCCGUGUGUUAAAUGUUGCAUAUUAUAUUGAGAAAUUUUACAAUACAAAAAUAAAAAUCGAAAACAAAAUCGA